UACCCUACCACCCUAGUAGGGAUGGUGGGUACAGAAGAAACGGAAAAGCGGUACCUGCUAAAAGCCGAGGUACUGGACUUUCCUUAUAGUAAGCGAACACGCUGGCUAGCCACUCGCAUGGGAUAUGAGAUAUCAGCAAUGUCAGAUCAAGAAAAUGGCCUGCCUGAAUUCCAAAAGUGGCCUGAACUUAAACUUCCAGAUUUAUUAUUUAGUGACACCGUUCGGCAAGUGCAUGCUACAAUUGAAAAAGAAUGGGAUCCCCUACAACGGUCAGCAUGCCAAACCGCAGCCGGAAGAGCCCUCUGGAAGCAUGUGAUCCACGACCCUCUAGCAGACUUACUUGCAGGAGAAACAUACCUAACAAGCCUUCAUGAGAAGAUAAAGAGAGACUGCACCAACGAUGCCAGGGAAAUUUCUGGAGUGAUUCUUGCAGUUCGAACCCUCUGGAUCGACUCCAAACUUGAAGCAGCUCUUCAUUCCUUCAAUGCCGCAGACACACAAGUUGUUCUCCUUGGUGCAGGAAUGGAUGCAAGGGCGUAUCGAUUAAGUUUCUUGAAGGAAAGCCAUGUGUUUGAAGUUGAUUUACCUGAAGUCUUGCAAAUGAAAAACACUCUUUUGCAAGCGGCAAUGGAGGCUACAAAUUAUCACCAACAUCUAACGAUGAAAGCAAAAUCCUUAAGCAGAGUGGUAGCCGACAUCAGAUGUAAUGACUGGCUAGAAAAACUUCAAAUAUCAGGGUUUGUACCAGAGAAGAACACGGUGUGGGUUCUAGAGGGUGUCCUCUACUACCUCUCCCACUCCCAGGCCAUGCAAGUAUUGAAGAUUAUAGCUGACAAGUGUAAACUUACCCAGACAGUCCUCUUGGCUGAUUUUAUGAACAAAGCAUCAACAACACUUUCCAAUUCUAUCUUCCAUUUCUACAGUGAUUGGCCAGAUCAUCUCCUGCCAUCUCUUGGCUUUUCUCAUGUCAAACUUUCACAAAUCGGUGAUCCAGAUGCUCAUUUUGGACUCAUGCCAGACCCACUAAAUCUCUUCAACAAGCUCCGCAGCUUGCCUAGGUCCAUACAAACACACCCAGAUGAUGGAAAACCAUGUUGCCGCUUGUACUUGGUGCAGGCUUCUGGCUCACCUACUAAAGCUAUUUCAUAGAGGGCCAGCAGAUGAUUAUUAAACGUUUCCACACAACUCUGCAGCUUGCCAAGUUGAGCACAAAUAUAACCAGAUGAUGGAGUACCAGGCUAUCACUUGUAUUCAAAGAAAGGUUCUUGUUCUUCCAAUUAAACCUCUCAACGGAGGAUCAACAAGCUAGCCAUAAUAUGGAUACUGUAGUAUAGGUGUAGGCAUCAUUAUUUGUAGUCUUGACACUUUCCUAGGGAACACAUUCACAUUUAACAGCAAUCCCGCUGUGUGAUGCUUUCCUCAGCCAGUCAUAAAUAAUAUAUAUAUAUAUAUAUACACUAGUAUAUAUGAAACUUUUUUCAA